GGCCCCGCCCUGUCCUCCGGCCCCUCCCCUGAAUCCCGGUGCCAGCGCGUGUCCCAGGAAGCUGCCGCUGACCCAGCAUGGCCACGCGGGUCCAGCCGCUCCUGCCCGUCCUCCUGCUGCUCUGGGGGGGCUGCCUGUGCCCGCCCGCCCGCGCCGGGCUCUACUUCAGGGAGGGGCAGCACUGCUACAAACCAGCCCCGCGCAAGGCUCCCGGGCUCAGGACGUACCCCCGCCCGCACGAGUACCUGGACCUGUCGGCGCUGCCGCGGAGCUGGGACUGGAGGAACGUGGAUGGAGUGAACUACGCGAGCACCACUCGGAACCAGCACAUCCCGCAGUACUGCGGGUCCUGCUGGGCCCACGGCAGCACCAGCGCCCUGGCAGACAGAAUCAACAUAAAGAGGAAAGGAGCAUGGCCCUCUGCCUACCUCUCUGUUCAGAACGUCAUCGACUGUGCUGACGCCGGGUCCUGUGAAGGGGGAGACCACUCCGGGGUCUGGAUGUACGCCCACGACCACGGCAUUCCCGACGAGACCUGCAACAACUACCAGGCCAAGGACCAAAAGUGUAAGAAGUUCAACCAGUGUGGGACUUGUGUCACUUUUGGAGAAUGUCACGUGAUAAAGAACUACACUCUCUGGAAAGUUGCUGACUAUGGGUCUGUCAGUGGACGAGAAAAAAUGAUGGCAGAAAUCUACACUAAUGGGCCAAUUAGCUGUGGUAUCAUGGCUACUGAGAAGCUGGAUGCCUACACAGGAGGCCUCUACACAGAGUACAACCCCUCUCCCACAGUGAAUCACAUCGUGUCCGUGGCCGGCUGGGGCGUGGAAAAUGGGACAGAGUAUUGGAUUGUCCGGAACUCGUGGGGGGAACCCUGGGGCGAAAGAGGGUGGCUGAGAAUUGUGACAAGUGCCUACAAAGGUGGGAGAGGAGCAGACUACAAUCUUGCUAUUGAAGAGGACUGUACAUAUGGAGAUCCUAUACUUCCUUGAUUCUACGUUGUACAUAUUUGUUUAGGAAUUACUUUGUUUGGAAGCUCCCCUGCACAACCUUUUUUUGUCUAAGACUCUCUCACAGUUCCACAGGCAGUUCUGCAAAAUUAGCCCAGAUAGCACCACACAAGUGCUUCAAAAAAUACAGAGCUGCCUUGAGAUAGUUAUUUACAAUUAAUUUGCCCAUGAAAGAGUUGUCUGUCUUGAUGCACAGUAUUGAAAUCAUACUGACUUAAUCACAGAACCUGAAUGUGUAAAUAUCUAUUUUUUUAAAUACAAAUUAUGUAGGUGUACUGGAAAGGAAAAAGUAUACUCAAUAUUUGGGUCUAGAGCUUAUUUUAAAUUCUCUGACAGUACUGAGAAGAUGCAAAAAACAAAACUAAUUCUGGACAUGAUAAAUUAAAAAACUAAAUCCCCUCUUUCCUUGGCCUUCUGGUGAAGCAGAGGUGGUGGAAAGGCAUGUAGUUGCUUUUAUCCAUCAAAAUGAUAUAAUGGGAAUUAUUUUGAUCAAAAGAUGGUCUAAACAUUUCUUAAUUAGUCUUUGCUCAAACUCCUUGCUUUAAUCUGUGAUUGACUGUGCCAUUUUUCUCCUAGAGGCAAAGGAUAAAUUGCCAUAACUCAGAACUCCUCACUGAUUUGAAGAAAUGAGGCAAAUUCCCUUCCUUAGUCUUUUAAGUGACAAAUCAGUGCCAUAGCAAAUGUUACUAACUGGCAUUGUUAAUUGCAUUUAAUAAACACUUUUUUCUCAUAA